GUUCAGUUAAGUUCAGUUAGAGAGGCCAACUGUCAUUCUUGCCUCAUGAUGUUGUUUUAGUUUCUCUCACACAGUACGUUACUGUGCUACAGUUUUCUUUAUUUUUAAAGCUUUGUUUGACAUCUACGUGAGCAGCUUACUUUGUUGAAAGAAAAUAAACUCCCCUGAGAAUGGUAGAAUAUCCUUAAGUGGGUGAGUGAGGGGAUGUUCCCCAUCUGAAAAGAGGACUGAUUUUUUUUAUCACCCCAACCUCCACAACAACAACAACCAUGAAGAGUACAUUCAGCAUCUCUAAACCUCCUUUUCCUUCUUUAGCACAUCUUCCUUGCUUGCAGUCCAAAGGUCCUGCUGCAUCCCUAACCAGCUUCUUGCUUCUAAGGCAUUAAAAUAUUUACAUCUUCCAUUCCCUUGAAGCAAAAGCAGGUAUAGGCCCAAGAACUGCAGCUGACAAAAUUGGACUGGAUGGACCAUUGGCUUAUUCUCUUUUGGGAGAUCUUUCAAAAUAACUUCUGCAUUCUUAAAUUUCUCUAUAGCAUAUGGUGAGUUUUGCGCAAUCAGAUGGGCCUAGAACUCUGAAACAUUUCCCAUUAGCUUCCUGGCAAAUCUGUGAAUUUCUCGCAAAACUCUGUCAGAAACCCAUCAAAGGUGCAACUGAAAUAGUUUGCGAACUUUAGCAAAGGCUUUAGUGAAAAUGGUCAAAGUGUAUAAUGAAACCCCAAAUGAGUCAAGUUUCACAUGGUUGCAAAUCUUUCUCCCAGCUAUGAUCAAAGGUAUAUUCAGCAAGGAUGAGCCUUUGAUAGUGCAAGACAGCACAUCCCCUGAAAUGUUCAAAGUAGUGCCCUGGGAUUUUGCUGAGCAAUUCCUGUUGGGAGUGUUGCAGCUAAACUUAGCAAUGCUUAGUUUGGGGAGAGGGGAGGAUGACAGGAAUAUGUCAUAUUUGCAGACCAUUCUGCAUUUCUCCAGGGGCAGCUUUUUAAUUCCAAAGCCUUCACAUCAAAGUUCAAAAUGCAGUCUGAACCUAAAUGCAUUAUGGAAGGGAAUAGCUGCCUGUCAUGUACCAAUUUCAUUCCCCUCCCCCCCUUUCGUAGCUUCAGUGAACAAGCUGUAAUAAGAAGUGUAACCAGAAUUAUUGUUCUGCUCCUUCAAAAUGCAACUUUUUUUACUUUAGGAAAUGAAAAAGUCAGUAUAUUCAGGGGAAGAAAACAUGUUACCACUCAGAAAUCAGUUAGUCACCCGCAUUCCAGCAAUCAGGCUCCAGUGAAGUUGUAACAUAAGGGAGUCGAACUUCUACCAUCAUCUGAUCACAGAGAAUGUAUGCCUGCUUGUAGCCUAGGCUAGACAGUAGAGCUGCUGCAUUCAGUCUUGCCUGUCUUUAUUUCUGUGACUGAAAGCAGACUUGCAUAUUGAUGUGUUUUCAACUAUAACAGAAUGUCCUUCUGCUCACUCUGUAAUGCCUGACUAGGUAAUCAAACAUAUGGAGACUACAUGCAGAUCAUCUGAGACAGGUGCUAUCUGUCACCUUCUCCAGACUAGUUCAAUGGUUUCGGCCUAUGUGCUAUUGGUAUAUGUUGUUGUUUAGUCGUUUAGUCAUGUCCAACUCUUCGUGACCCCAUGGACCAGAGCAUGCCAGGCACUUCUGUCUUCCACUGCCUCCCGCAGUUUGGUCAAACUCAUGCUGGUAGCUUCGAGAACACUAUCCAACCAUCUUGUCCUCUGUUGUCCCCUUCUCCUUGUGCCCUCCAUCUUUCCCAACAUCAGGGUCUUUUCCAGGGAGUCUUCUCUUCUCAUGAGGUGGCCAAAGUAUUGGAGCCCCAGCUUCAUGAUUUGUCCUUCCAGUGAGCACUCAGGGCUGAUUUCCUUAAGAACGGAUAGGUUUGAUCUUCUUGCAGUCCAUGGGACUCUCAAGAGGUAUAUUGGUGUGUAUAAGCAUGUAAUUUCAUUUCAGAUCAUUUCUUGGUCCAGAUAUACAGUACCACAGCCUUGGACCAUGAACUCUGGGAUUCCAGAGCACUACACUGUCCACAAUAGGCCCUACUGAAUAGGGCCAUCUGAAUCUAAGAACUAGAAGUGACUUCAUGGUCCACAUCAACUUCACUGCAUAUAUUCCCUGAUGGUUUGCCACUCAAAGAAACACAGACCGAAGAGAUCGCAGAAAGUUGUAAAAAACAAACAAACCCCAAAACUCACCAAAACAGAAAUAUAGAUACAUGAUGAAUCUUGGGACCCAGGCACAGCCCUACCAUUUAUGUUGUUUAGUCAAUGUUCUAUUUCCACUUACAUGGACUCUAGACAAAUAAAUGUAUUUAUCAUGCAAAGGUUUCUCAAUACCCUUUAGGUUUACAAUUACUUAGUCCCUAAUGCAUGCCCAGGACUCCUAGUACUUAAAGACAGCGCCUUUUUUGACUCUGGUGAAAGACAUAAUACAACAGUUACAGUCACUCACAAAUACACAUGCAUAUGUCUUCUUGACUGUUGAUCAAGCAGAGAAGGCAUUAUUGUGCUGAAUUUGUAUCACCAGGUACAUUUCCAUAGCAACAGACAGUGAUAUCACUAACAGGAUUAUGGUCCCACUCAGGCAGGGAAUGUGGCAUGAAGAAAACCUGUUAUGAGAAACAAUGUCAAAAGUGUACAUGAAUUAUCAAUAGUAAAUCCUUCUGACUAACAGAAGGUUCAUUAAGAGGCAAGGAUUAAGAGGCAAGCUCUCAAAGGUGGCCUUGUAAACCCACAAGGUAUCUCUUUGUUAAGAGAUUUGGCUUUUGGCUACUCUUCAAACUUGCAGCCUCAGACUCAAGCCUCUCUGGUGAUAUUACCAGCAUCUCUGGGGUGAUUGUACAUUUCCUCAUUUCUUUCCACUGUUGUCAUGGACAAAUCUGCUGACCUCUCAGCAAACUGCCUCAUUAAGCCUCUCAUUAACACAGGUUAUCUCCCAUUAGUGGCACAGUGUGCUGUUCCCAUGGGAUGACUUCACAAUGACUGAAAAGCAACCAAUUUCCUCACCUGUCCUAAAUUUCUAAAUCCUGGAGCUCAAGUGUGCUUGGUAACUGCACAGGCUUAACUGGAGUCUUUUUUUCUUUUUCUUUUCAAACUGUGGGGGUUUCAGACCUUGGUGGAAAAUUGUGCUGUGUUUAGAGGAAGACAUUUUACACAAACUCGUGUCCUGUCCUAGUUGGGUCCCAAGUUGCUGGGGAACUUCCAGACAGCAGAGCUGCCACGGACAGCAGCAAUAUCCAAGGCCAGUCUGAAUGAAGUCCAUUCUCAGGCAAACAGUGGUUCAAGCAAGAAGCAAAUUGAUGAGCAGUCCAGGUAAGCAGAGAUUCAAGGAAGGGCUCAGGCAAGUCAAGGGGAAGCCUGAGUUCUGCUUCUAGGCAACAAAGGUCAGGUGCAAGGCACAAUGCUAGUAGAAAAAACAUUAUUCCAGUAGCUCUUCCAGCCUGGCACUGACCUGCAGCUGCUGAAGCCACACCCAGGUUCAAGCUGAAUUCCACCAGCUGUUGUCAAUGAGAGCUCUCCUCAUGAGAAGGACCUUACUUGUGAGGAGACAUUGACUCCCGAGGAGUCUUUUAUUGACUCCUGUAAUUUUUUCUUAUGGAGUAGGAUUCCACCUGCUGUUUAAGGUGCUGUUGCUCAUGUAGGCUCAGGUCCCAUUCAACCUCAGAUUUUGCUUCAGAGGCUGAAUGCUCCUGCUGUGCUGAUGACCUCCCAGAAGCCUUGUCUGAGAAUCCUGGUUCAUCCUCGACCUUAGGUCCUCAGCUUUGCCAAGCCGGCUGCUCAAAAAACAAACUUAUAAACAACAGGCAGUCCAACUUAUGUAAGGGAAGGAUAAAUUGGCAGUUUGGUUGGGAUUAUAAAGACAUCAAGCUAAAUGUAAAUUGGGGAUUAGGAAGAGGUCACAGAGCAAAACAAAAGGUACAGACUAAUCAGAAGUGGACUGGGGUUUAAAAAAAGCUAAAAGAAAUGUGACCUGAUUAAAAGGGCAGCGGAGAAAGGGGUUUAGGCAAGAAGAGACCAAUCCGAGAGAAGGUUAUCUUCAUCCGUUGCUUAAAUUCAAGAGGAACAGUAUGUGUGGAGAGUGAGGGUGGGAAACAACAAUGCUAGGGAAACUGGUCAAGGCACAGUGUGAUCAAAGGAAGUGGCCACUGUGUCUGCAGCAGGGACAGAAGCCUGUAGCCCUCCAGAUACUAUUGGACUCCAAGCUCCAGUAGCCCCAGCCAUUGUGCCUAACGGUCAGGGAUGACAGUCCAACAUCUGGAGAGCUACAGGUUCCCCAUCCUUGUCUUAGGCCUUAAGAAAGGAAUUCUUCCAGUUGUGUCUUCUUUUGUCACUACUGCAUUACAAUUAUUUCUCAAGAAUGCCUUCAUCCCUGGUUAGGAAAGCAACAACAACAGACUCUCUUAAAAUACGCUGUUCUAUUAAAAAAUGAAAUCGUAAAUGUGUGCAGGAGCAGGCCUUUGAAACUUGCAGUGAAUUUUACCACCACCCCAACCUGAGAUUGUGUGCCUCUCUGCAGCUGUCUGUGUAUGUGAUGACCUCCCUCUUUCCCUGCUUUCAUCAGGACAUACAGUCCUAUCUUGUUCCGUUUCUCCUGUAUUUAAUAUGCUCUUCAUCUUUAUGCAAAUGAACAUUUAAUUAUUUAUAAGUCGGCCCGUGCUGCUCUAUUUUACAUGCUAACAUAUCCAUGAUUUAUUAAACAAUGUGGCAUUGCAUAAAAACCUGCCCUGUCAGUAACAUUGAUACCCUGAAAGGGGAACAGUAAGCCUUGUCCUAAAAGAUGCAAAUGUCCUGGGAAAAUAUUAAGAAACCAAAUAGACCCAACAGCUUCUAUUGUGCAGAGACACAUUUAUUUUUUUCAAUGGAGGGAACCACUGAAUGUCAGGGGAGGGGCCUAAUUGGCACAGCUCCACUUCCUAAUAAUGCAUUGACAGAUUGUGUGAGCACUUCACCUGAAAAGGGCUACUGCAAUUAUUAGAUUUUCAUACACACAGUGGCUGCUUCUGCCCCUUUCACUUGACUUGAAGGAUGAUUAGGCCAAACAUCUGAGUCAGAAUUUCUUUUUGCAAACUCACAUAAUAUUAGCAGGCAUUUCAUGGCAAAUAGUCUUUUUUGUUCUUAUUCUUAUUCAAAGCACUGGAUCAGAAAACAAUGUAUCACGAGUCCUGGGAUGUCAUGCUCAGUAGAACAGAUCAUUCAAAGUUUAUAACGGUCGGGUUUUGAAUUAAAUCAGUGUUUCAGGGGGAAAUGAUCUCCUCUGAUCUGUGGGACAGAUCUCGGAUAUGCUACUGAAACGAUGAGUGCAGCAAGUAGCUCCUUCGUGACAAUAAUUGACAUAACUAAGGCAUUUUGAACCAAUGAUUUCUUUCCCUCUCCAGAGCAGCUGUAGCAAACAAUGCAGACACAUUUCAGUUCGCUCAUCAAUGUUUAAUGUUUGUUUAGGCUGCAUUUGUAAUAAUCAAAGGGUAGCAGCAAAGUGAACUGGGUAAAAAUCUUCUCAGCUGUAACUCCAUUGAUUUCAGCAGUUGCUCUGUCAUACGCGAUUGUUAUAAAGGACUAUGAGAAGAGCACUUGCACAGCACCUUGAGAAGUCUGGCAUCAUCGGGGUAAGUGCAUGCCACAUUUAAGAGCAGAGCAACAGCAAUACUGAACAAGCAAUGAGAAGGAUGAGCCGUGAGGCUCUGUGGCGGAGGGUAUAUGUGACUUUUCAGCUGCUGAACUCCCAUCAUAGAACUAUAGAGUUGGAAGGGACCUCGAGGGACAUCUAGUCCAACCCCCUGCAAUGCAGGAAUAAUCUCCAGCAAGCAUAGGCACUGAUGAGGGAUGAUGGGAGCUGUAGUCUUGUAUAUCUGAAGGAGCGUCUCCACCCCCAUUGUUCAGCCCAGGCACUGAGAUCCAGCGCUGAGGGCCUUUUGGCAGUUUCCUCAUUGCGAGAAGUGAGGUUACAGGGAACCAGACAGAGGGCCUUCUCGGUAGUGGCGCCCACCCUGUGGAACACCCUCCCUUCAGAUGUGAAGGAAAUAAGCAGCUAUCCUAUCUUUAAAAGACAUCUGAAGGCAGCCCUGUUCAGGGAAGUUUUUAAUAUUUAAUGCUGUACUGUUUCUAACACUUGAUUGGGAGCCGCCCAGAGUGGCUGGGGAAACUCAGCUAGAUGGGCGGGGUAUAAAUAAAUUAUUAUUAUUAUUAUUAUUAUUAUUAUUAUUAUUAUUAUAGUCCAACAUAUGGAGGGCCACAUGUUUGGCAUGGGGGAGAAUUUGCACCCCCUGAAAGAAAUGCACAGCUGUCUUUUGAAUGUUGCCCUUCUCUACAUUUUGCAAAGCUGCUCUCCAGUGAAAACAAAAUGGCCACACAAAGGUGUAUGUUGGGGAAACAUGUGCAUAAGAAUAAAUGUAUUCGUGGGAGAAAAGCACUAAAAUGCAUUAUAUUAAGCAAAACCGAAUAAAAAUAUAUGCAUAUUAUGAGAAAUGUGCAUUAAAGGGAUGGCUGUUGUUUUUAGAAAGGGCAACCAAACACUGAAGCAAAGCCACAAACCCAGAUUGCUCACAUGCCGCUCAUGCAAAUGUUACGCCAAUGCCCCACUUCCAAAUUCUGGAGUAAAUAAGGACACUUGGCCUGCUAGUGUGCCAUACUUGCAAUAUAUCUUUUGAUGGGGAUCACACCUACCUCUCCAAUUCUAUGACUUUCAAACAUUUGCAGAAGUGGAAUCUCAUUUUCAGUUAAAUUAAAUAGGACUUGGGUGUAAUGCAUAAAAGACCCAUUAGCUUUCAUCUGUUUUAAAUUCCGUGUAGCUUUUUCACAGGAAAUCAAAUGAAAAAGGGAUUGAUUGCCUAUAGCAUCUAUCUUAAACUGCGUUGAAAAUCUCACUGUGAGUGUGUGCUGUGACUGGUGACAUCUAUGUGAUAGAUUACAGAUCCAGAUGUGAUAUGCUGUAUUUUUCAAGGUCUCUUGACAGCCUUCCUUGCACUCUCUCCAUUAAUCCAGUUCACCGAGCAGCUUCCAACAGGAACUAUUUUUUAAAACUGCUGUGUUAAAGAAUUGUAAUCCUCUUUCCACCAAAUAAGAAAUUCUUUCCCCCCUUAAAAAAUAUUCUGGGCUGUGCAUCAGGAUGGCCAAUAAUUUCAAGCAUCAUUUUGCACCUUUGCUGUUCUAGAAGGGAUUUCUGGUUAUUGUUCCUUCAGUCAGAUUGUCUCCUGAUGGGAAUUAUGCCUCCCUCCUUCCUCUCUCUCCUGCCUCCCAUAAUUCUCUUUAGCUCUUGGCUAUAUACUUUGCCCUCCAAUGCCUUACUUCCUGUUCACCUGCUCAGCUACAAUAAAGCCACCAAAUGUGGUGUUCCUAGGGUUGGAAGUACAACAGAGACCAUUCAGUGUAUGACUUAAAGGGCUAUUUUGGUUUUAGUCUGGGUGACAGCAUGCUCUGAUCGUAUGGAGAUUCUAGUCAGAUGUGAGUUAGCUGUCAGUGAAAAAGACAGUUGAGAUCGAGGAGCUGGGUGUGUGUGUAAAGUUGUUCUGAAGGAGUCCAUACCCCACACCCAGUGUAGACCUGAACCCUGUAAAGAAGGAAAAACCUCUGGCUAUUUCUUCUAGAGUUAUAUGCUGUUCUUAAUCAGUUUUCCUCAGUAAAGUAUUGUCAGUUUCUUUUCUCUCUGCUUUAUUCUUUUAACAUCCUCUGAGCCCUAUUGUAUUGUGAAUAAGAUAAAUAGCAGAUUGCUCAGCUUUGAUUUUGACUUGUGUCCAGUUUUACAGAGCCUAUGGAGGGCAGGGGGAGAGUCAGUUGCAAAGGAAAUGCCAUUUCCUAAACCACAUUGGACUUGCUGCUUGCAAGAGCAGAAACUGGUGGAGCAACUCUCCCCCACCCCCAUCCCGACACUAUUUGUACUUGGUUGUCCUUUUCACAUUCUCCCCCCUUUUGGUUUCAAUGGAAGGUAAAGGAACUAUGCCAGCUCUGGAGGCUGCCAUCAUUUUUCUCUCUGGGGGGCUUGUAUGGGGAAGGAGAGGGCCUUGAAUCACAUGGAUCAAAGACAUUUCCCAACCCACUUCUGAAGCGUCCCUUUUCAUUCCCUACCACUGUUGGACAGUGGAGUAGUGGCUAUCUGAAGUAUCAGAAUCAUUUUGGUUAUCUGAAGUCUCAGAAUCAUUUUCCAUUUUAUUGUACAAUUAAACAUUCUACCUAACAGCUCCCUCUCUGCUUGCAGAGAAAAUGAUCCAAUAACCAAUAAACACACUUCCUGGGAGCUUACAACUGCUCCAUAAUUUUAUUUUACACCAGCCCAGUAUAUUUCAGGUUCAGGCUCCUGUGAUCAAGAACUUGUGACGUUGAUAUCAUUGUGCUUCAAACCAUGCAUCCUAGUUCCUCUCUUCUCUUUGCAGCUCACUGUAUUCCCUGUAUACCCUGUUCCUAUAGCUCAAUCUUGAUCACUGAGAUCUUCUGAAGGGGCACUUUGGAUGGUCUCAUAUACCCCUUUGUUCAGGUGGCCUUUACUAGAGUCUUUAGUAUGGUAGAUUCUGCCCUGUGCAAGUCCUCCCCUAUAAAAGUUGGGCAGCAGUCACCCAGCUUUCUUUUCCACAACUUUUGAAAACUCUACUGCUUAGACAGAACAUUGGAAUGCGAUUUAAAAUAAAAGAAACAAAACAAAAACCAACCAUGUUUUUUACUGAUGUUGUUGUAACAUUAUGCUUUUAUGUUGUAUACCGCCUUGCUACAAUUUUUUUUAUGAAAGUGCAGUUUCUAAAUAUUUAAAUAUAAACAAAAACAUACAGUGCUUUUUGAAGCUGAGCUUUCUCUGAGAAGUCAGAAUGUUCCUGAACAAACAUUAUUUUAAUCGGUGACCCUUUGUUUCCAAAGCCAUGAUCAUAAUCACAUUUAUUGAUUUCUGCACUGCUCCUAUUGAACAUCUUCAUGAGAAAGUGCCACUAAACAUUAACAUUGCUAAAGGUCAUGCAAAUACCAGCUUUUGCAUUCAUUAGAAAAUAAGAACGUUAGUCAACUAGGGAUGCUUGAGGAAUUGGAUCUUUAUUACCUCCAAUAUGAUCUGGAGGCAAAGGCAAUCAUUGUCUACUAACCAUGAGGCUAUGUUGUACUUCCACUUUCAGAGGCUUUCUACCUUUGAAUAGCAGUGCUGGGAAUCGCAGAUGGGCAGAGUGAUGAUGAUCACAUGUCCAUCUUGCAGGCAUCUGGUUGGCCACCUGUAAGAAAGGGACGUCAUUGGCCUGAUGCAACAGGUACAUUUUACAUUAUUAUGUCUUAUGUUUUCAACUGACCUGAGUCAUACAUCCUGGACUAACACACAGGCUGGAUAUCCACCUUUUUCACUUCUUUGUAUGUUGCAGCACAGUUCUUGGCUCAAAAAAAUAUUGAAAUUCUGCAUUUUUAGUGAAAACAUUUCCAAGUUGCUCAUUCAAAAACAUAAAUGCAAAAAUGUGUAAUGCAGAAACAAGGUGGGCAUAUCAAGACAGCGAUAGCUCUGAGCUCACUAAGUAACAGAUUCAGUAGCUAAAGAAUUAAAAGACAUCGAGAUUGGAACUUGGAGACCUGCUUUUACACCAAUAUGAAUGAUCAGGAGAUAGAUUUGAGUUUUCCAUUCUUGAAUAAACCCCUUCAGAUCCAAGGCUACUGAUAGUGGAUGAGUAUGCUGAUAACCCAGUUGCUACCUUCCAAGGAAAUGAUUUCAGUCCGACACCUAAUUUGUUCAAGCCCCAAUGUAGCAUCUUUUGAUGGAACUCAGGAGGUUACAGGCAGACACUCCACAUUUCCCGCCCCACAGUACAAGUGGGAGAAAAAGGCAAUAAAUGAUGGAUUCAUAAACACACUUGGAAAAGUAGUGAGUGAGGGGGAAAGUCCAAAUUCUAAUGAUGAUUCUUCUAGAAAGAGGUGUUGUACAGAUGUUGUUCAUAACUGGUCAGUGAAGAAAUCAGGCAGAAUAAUGAAAACAGAAUCUGAAUUGCAAACAGGAAUUCAAGCCAUUGUAGAGGUUUCCCUGAUAUCCCUCCAAACCACCACCAACUUCAGUUUCUUCACUGGCAGGUCCCAUCUGGAGGGCUACAGACAGAAUUCCUGUCUCUACUAACCCAAGUAGUGCACCAGUUAUGGCAUUCAAACCAUAAACUUCCUUUUCCAAAGCAUUGAUUCUGCUAAGGAUUCCCUCUGCUGUUUGUUGUGUCAAGAGAAUUGGUCACAUAAAAGUUCCCAUGGUGAGAGUUUCAUUUUGUUGUGGCCAAGUCUAUUAUGCUACAAUUGUUAUUGCACAUUGUUGAGGUUUUGUUAUAUGGAGGAAGCUGCAGUUGCCUGGAAGCCUAUGUAUCAACUCCUAACAAGUUCAGAUAACUAACUAUUUAGGCUAAGCUUUCAUUACAGGAACAUAUUACGUAUGUUACAUUUCUUGCACAGUCGCCAUGUAAGGAACUAGGGCAAUUCAUAUAUGAUAAAUUAAUUGUAUCUUGCUGCAAAUGCUUUUCAGUUAGCUCCAUUUACCUUGCUCCAGCUGCUCCAGUUACUGAUUCACAACAGUCCAGUAUAUAUUUCUGGACUAAAUUUGUUAAUGGAGUUCUGGACGAUUUAUUUGAAGCACUGCAGGUCUGUGCUUGUGUGGUAACCAUAUCAAGACUGAUAUAACUGCAGUGUCUCCUUCAGUCGAGAUGAACUUCUAUUCUUUCCUUAUCAGCUAAAUGCUGAACACCGAGUCAAAACAGCUGCUCUCCCAGUGCCUGUCCUCCAAUUAAAAUAUAUGGCUUUUAAGUCCAUGUAAAAGAAAUGCGCUCCUGCCUGUUGUUGCAAUUAUCAUUAACAGCUGAGUCAACUGACUUUAAAACUAUUCAAAAAACAACAAAAACAAAUUAAAUCAGACUGUGGAGCUAAAGGACAAGUAGUCUUCGUUGUCGCCAUCUUCAACCAGAAGUCAGAAACGAAUAAUGAUUUAUGUUAUGCCCUGCCCCUUUUUAAAAUUUGCAAAAUGGUGCAGUGAUAAUAUGGUACAAAGGUUCUUCAGGUUUUUGUAGGGAUUCAAAACCUUGCAUAUUUUGUUUGCUCAGAUAUGACAGGGAAAACAGUGUUUGUACUAGAAGACAAGUUUUAAACAACGUCUGACCCAGACACCUAAAGGAACUUCUUUCACUGUACAGUCACACCUCGGGUUGAAUGUGCUUCAGGUUGAGCGUUUUCAAGUUACUCUCCAAGGCAACCCGGAAGUAACAGAGCAUGUUACUUCCAAGUUUCGCCGCUCGCGCAUGCGCUCAAAAUGACAUCACAUGCAUGCACGGAAGCAGCAGAACGCGACCUGCGCAUGCACAGAUGUGCAGUCGCAUCUUAUGUUCUAUUCAGGAUGUGAACGGGGCUCCGGAACAGAUCCCGUUCGCAUCCCGAGGUACCACUGUAUUAAGAUGCCCAUGUAUUAAUACUAGCAGGGUGGCUUCAUGUUCUCACCUAUGGGUGGGGCACAUGGAAUGGUGGUGAAGGAUAGAAUAGGGCCUUUUCCAUGGUGACACCCCAACUAUGAACUCUUUGUCUCCUGAGAUUUGGUUGGUGCUGUUGUCAGCUAUCUUCUGACACUUUUUUUAAAAAAUCUAUUUUCCCCAAUAUUUUACCGGAAAUUCACCAUACCAUCUUCAAUUCUCUGAAAAACCCUUUUCUGUCUCACAAUCCCAACUGUGUGUUUGUGUGUGUGUUUUUUCUCUUUUCCCCCAGAUUCUCUGGGGAAAGUACUGCCACAACUGUUGAUACUAAACUGCUGUGAAAGUUUUUGAAUGAUGUUGACAAGAAAAUAAAGCAAAUCUUGCAGGGAGGAGCACACAGUGUUGGCUCAAACAGCCCAUACUGAACUGCAAGGAGAGUGACUUGACCUUACUCUAUUUUUAUAGCUGUAAGGAAUUAUUGCCUUCCCCUUAAUGUCUGCCUGUGUUACAAGGAGAGACUUGUAGAGUACUGACCUUGUAGCUCAGCUAACCUUAUCACUGAGUAAUUAUUACAAAUGAGCUUUCAUGGGCAGUGCAAUUAGUUGAGACGCAGGAGUGCUGAUCCCACAAAGAAAACAAAAUGGCAUUUCUGUGCAAUUCUCAAUUUCCCCUCCUUCAUUUCCUCUUUUCUUUUGUUCUCCUUUUGUUUAACGUUAUCAAGAGUGCCAUUGUUUUCCACAUCUGACAAAAGAGAGAGAAUGCUACAAGCAACAACAUAGUGAGGCACAGUGGAGUCUGGUCCAUUAGGAUGAGCGGAGCCUUACUCCACCCAUAUUAUUCUGUCCUCAGCCAGCUACCACCUGUCUGCCUUUAGCCCUUGCUGUCAGCGUCUUUCUCCUUAUUCCAAGGCCACGUUCGCACCAUACAUUUAAAGCACUAUGAUGCCAAUUUAAACAGGCAUGGCCUCCCCCAAUGAAUUCUUUGUAGUUUGCAAAACAACCAUUCCCAGAGUUCUCAGGGCAGAGGGUUUGACUGUUAAACCACUCUGGGAACUGUGGCUCCAUGAGGGGAAUAGGGAUCUCCUAGCAAUUAUCAGCACUCAUAAACUAUGCUUCCCAGGAUUCAGGCGGGGGGACGGGGGGGGGGGGGGGGACGGACCUUGACAGAUUAAAUUGGUAUCAUAGUGCUUUAUAUGUAUUGUUACAUACAAUCCCAAUUUCCAAGUGAUGUGAGGGGUUGCAGGCUCACCUGCCAGAGUCUAUUGUUCCUUUUGGAACAACGAAGCACCACAGAGACUUUGGUGUCUUUAUGAUACAGAGUUAUAUUUACACAUAUAUACAACCUGCACUUAGAAGGAGGGAUAGUAGUGCAUUCACAUCCUAUGCAGGUCUGGCUUUCUCCUUAAGGGCAGCAUUAGAUUCAAAGGAUAGCAAAAAACCGUCUUCUGUGUCUCUUAGUCCCAGCCUGCCAUUCCCAGCUCCCAUCGAGUUCUGCCCUUCCUUCUGCUUCGCACUGCUAAACUCCUCCAGGGACCUCCCCACAGCCUACAUCAUUCAGUGUUGAAACCCUUAACCUGGCCUUUGCCUCUGCCCACCAGCACCCAGGAAAGAAGGAGCCUCACCCCCAUUGAUUGGCUUGCAUACUGAUGGUUUCCUCGAUGGUCCAUGCUAAUGGACGAACUGGCUUGGCUCAUAAGCAUAACUAAAUCCAGGGGGUUUCCAUGUUUGGCAAAGUUGAUUCUAACUUUUACUACAUCCUGGAAUUUAGGGGAAUUGGGCCCCCACACAAACCCAAUUUCCUAACAGUAUGGUGUGGAUGUGGCCUUUGUGUUGCCCUUGUAGAACUCAGCAGGUGGAUGGGGACAAAACUAGAAUUAGUUGUCUCUGCUUGUCACUGGAUCCAGGUCCACUCCUCAUUGGUUGUACCUGCUUUUGUCUUCCUGCCUUCUGCACUGCCAGUCCGGAUGGUCACUUGCCAUCACUGGUCAGGCAUAAAUGGGGAUUGGAGGAGGGUGUGAGGGAAUAGGCGUUUUGCAGCAAUCUCGCAUCAGAAACACAGUGCACUCCCUUGCCUCUUCCAAUGUCCUUCCAGGAGCUGAAUACCCAGUAUGAAUUCAGAAGCAGAUUUGGAAAAUGACCAAAACCCAAGUGGAAUUAGUUGGAGCCUUUCAUGGAAGGCCAAAACAAAAUCUAUUUGCUUAGCAGCUGAGCUGUUGGGAGGGGGGAGUACUUAUGUUUUUAUUGUAAUGAAUAACAUCCAACAAAUCUGAGCUAAGCAAGGAAAUAUUUACAGGAACAGGAAUUAGGUAUAUCUGCAUGGUUUAACAAUAGAUAUCUGUGAUUAGAAUAAUUUACAUAAUGUCUGAAACUCUGAAAUUGUCAUAAUUUUUGAAAACCUGAGAAUGGGUGGAGAGCCUCCAUGAUAGGCCUCCGUGCCAGGAAACUCUGGCAGCCACGUAUAAAGCUCUCUCUAUGGCAUCUGGAAGAACUGUGUAUUAAGUGGCACUAUGCAUCACCAAAGGCACCACGUGCGAGAGAGAAUUUUGUUGUUGCUUUUGUUAUUUCAGCAGCCUAAGUUUCAUCUUUAUGAUCCUCAAAUCUGCUGUUUCCAUUAUCUGACUACAAUAAACAAAACUACAGAGUAGAUUUUUAAAUGCUGGCAGUCAUUUGGAUCAUAUUCCUAAAUGUAUACUAAAAGCAAAAACAUGAAGAUGCAUCACACCACCAUGCUUUAACACUGCAGAGCAGGCUGUAAGUCAUUGCUAUUCUGCUCUAUUUAUAACUUCCGAAGUAGGUAUGUUUUGCUCAUUCUGCUACCAAAGGAGAUAAAGUCAGGGAAAUCAGUCUGCCCAGCAACUUUGGCAUCUUUAUUUUAAUUAACUUGAAGAUCAGCUGAGGUUUUACAAUGCACUUUGAACGUGCAAGCUCAGCUCUUGCAAGGCUUUCCUUAAUUUCCAUUGGCAUUGUUUAGGGAAUCUCAAUAAAACUAGAAAAGAAGAGGGGGAAAGAGGAGAAAGGAUGAGUUUUCAAAGGGGUAGGGAGGUUCGAUCACCAGUGAGAAAGGUAUGGUGGCUUCACAAAAAACCUGCCUCAUGCAGACUGCUCAAAAUGGCUUCUGCACAACAACUGCUACAAGCAGUGAAUCAUUUGAGGCUUGCCACACAGAUCGGUUCACAAUGAAUAGUUUGAAAAUGUCUUCGCAGUGUACGGUAUGUACAAUAUAAAAGUGACAUGCAUUAAACCAAAAAUAGAACCGAAAACCAAUAAAACAACAAUGUAAAAACAUAUAAAAACAAAUUUAAAAAAUGAAUCCAUGGAUUCAUACACAUAAAACGUGGUCUGAAAAACCUGGGCAAAGAGAGAAGCCUUUACAGGGUGUCUGAAGCAACUUAUGGUUGUUGCUUCACAUACGGCAGAAGGGCAUUCCACAGUACAGGGGCAACAGUGGAAAAUGUAUGUUUUGGCUGGAUCCAUACAGGGGGCAGGGGGGAAACGCUACGGGGAAAAAAAUCUAUAGAAAAAAAGCUCCCAAGGCAAUCUGCCAUUGACUUUGGAUUCUGCUCUAUAGCGCCAUCUGGUGUCACAUGUUUAUAACACAUUUUAAACACUAUAAAUUGACCUAUGUCAAUUUAUGUCCUCUGGGUCACCGCCCUAUAAGGCGUGCCAUGAGCAGGGUGCCAUGAGUAGAAUUUCACCAGAUGGGCAGCUUAGGUGAAGACUGAAGAAACUGCAUAUGUGAAGAGGCUCUUCAAACAUCCCUUGAAGUAAGAGAGUUGCUUUAGAUAAUUGAGUUGGUAAAGUAGGUAAUUCACUUUUGUAGGAACUUAAAAAAAAAAAAGGCAAUCACACCAGUCUUUGAACCUAACUUCCUUUUCUGUGGGAUCUGGCUGUUUAGCAUUACUCCUGCCUAAGAUGCCAUAACAGCACUGCUGGCUUCAUUUGAUUUCCUGAGCUUCAUAACUAAGAAGGUUGGCAGGGUAGUGGGGAGGGAAAUAUUAAUUAUUUGGAGAUUUCCACUGUAACAGCAGGGUAGCCUCUGUAUAAGCAAUCAGCUAUAAUGUUAAACCAAGGGAAAGCCAACGUAGCUGGAAGAUGGCAGAGAAAUCUAGGAAAGCAACUCAUUCGUCACCAAUUAAAACGCACAAGAAGCCAUCAUCCCUGUAAUAAUCUUUCUGGGGUUAAACCCAAUCUGCCAAGGCAUAUUCAUAAUUCAUUGACCAUUGUUUUCUCGCUGCUGUUUAGAAGCUCACAGCAGCUGGGAAGUGAAACCAUGAACAUUGUGGUGACAUGGUGAAUUUGUGUAUGUUAUCAAAGGGGGAGUGAUUAGAGAAAAACUGAGAGCCUUAUAUUCCGACAUAUAAUCUAGUGAUCCACAACUUGUUGCCUUAACACUUAUACUUGGUGUUAGGAAGGUUUUGUUGCUUCUCCUCUUCCUUUUACAGUGGUGCCUCGCAAGACGAAAUUAAUCCGUUCCGCGAGUCUCUUCGUCUUGCGGUUUUUUCGUCUUGCGAAGCACGGCUAUUAGCGGCUUAGCGGCUUAGCAGCUAUUAGCGGCUUAGCGGCUAUUAACGGCUUAGCGGCUUUAAGAAAAAGGAAACAAACUCGCAAGAACUCGCAAGACGUUUCGUCUUGCGAAGCAAGCCCAUAGGGAAAUUCGUCUUGCGGAACGACUCAAAAAACGGAAAACUCUUUCGUCUAGCGAGUUUUUCGUCUUGCGAGGCAUUUGUCUUGCGGGGCACCACUGUAUUUUUUUAAAGAAAAAAAAUCAAGUUCCAUGUAGGUUCAAGAGGAAACAAUACAGACCAACCAUACCCCAUUUGUGAGACUGGUUUUUAAAUCUGCAUGAAGUUCCUUCCUCUAGGAAUCAAGGUGCCACCUGCCACCUGCCACCUCCCAUAAUAUUAGGUUUCCAUUUCAAUAAAUAUAUUAGUUUGUGUCAGGGGUUCAGGGACAGAGGCACAGGGUAGACUUCAAAGAUGAGGAGGAGAAAGUAGGCUUUAUUGUGUCCCACUUGCAUGGGGAAGCUAGAGCCUGGUUACGCAAUUUGUGGCGCGAAGAUGGUCCUGCCCGCAGGAACUCUGACGAAUUUAUCAAAGCCAUGGACGCUUGCUUCCAAUCUACCGUUGACGUUGAUGUGGCGCGACGGGAGAUGCAUGGAUUGCGGCAGGACAAGGCUACAGUGCGUCAGUACCAUUCUCGCUUUUUUGCAUUGCUGAAUGUGCUGGGCUGGGAAAAGACUCCUGGCAGUGAGAGAGUUGUUCUGGGAGGGGCUCCAUGGCUCCGUAAAAGAUGAGUUGGCCAGGGGGGACAGACCUCAAACCCUAGCAGACAUCGUGCAGAGGGCACUCACGAUAGGAGUGCGCCACGAAGAACGCCCUUGGCACAGUGAGGAGGGGCGCCAAGUCCGCGCACCAGCUAGAGCGCCUCCUUUUCUUCCCAGGGACCUGGGACGUAUGCAUCCCUCGCCUCGGCUGAGGGAGGGGGAGGAACCAAUGGAACUUGGUGGUGCAAAGGCUCAGACAGCUGCCGGAGCCUCAGCGUCCGGAGCAGUCAAGGCGAAGCCUCCUAGAGGGACCAGGAAGUGUUACAUCUGUGACAGUGCGCAGCACAUGGCCAAAGAGUGUCCCCAGAGACUCCAGAAGCACACUGCAGCCUUAGCAACAGUAACAGGAGCAGCGCUCCAAGGAGAGCAGUUUCAGGGAAACGACAAUGCCUGGCUGGAAGCAGACAUGCUGGGGCUCAGCCAGGCGAGUCAGUAAAGCAGUCCCCAGCGCUUUUGCAGCCUACAAAUCCCUUACCACCCAAGCCAGUGGUGCAGCUCACUGCUACUCUCCAGCUACCUAAUGGACUCACCCUGGAAGUCCCCAUUACAAUUGACUCAGGGAGCAACGCAGACUUCGUGGGGGUGCAGUUCAUCAAGCAGCAUCGCAUAGCGCUUCUACCAGCCACGCUGCCUCUGAACGUCGUCACGGUAGAUGGCAGGAAGUUGCUGGGCGGGCAAGUGGUACAGCAGACGCCACCCAUGGUGAUGCAGAUUGGGAAUCAUCACGAGGUCAUCAGUUUCAACGUCACCCGACUGUCAGACACGCCUAUAGUGUUAGGCAUGAGUUGGCUGGAUAGACACAGCCCAUCAUUAGCGUGGUACCAGCGGCAGCUCACCUUUGGCUCGUCCUACUGCGCACAACAUUGCAUCCAGACCGGCCAGGAGGAGGAGGGCCAGGAGGAAGGGCAACAGUUGCAUCUAGGCAUGGUGCAGGCGGUGCCCCACAAGUACAAGGGGUUUUUGGAGGUCUUCUGCGAAAAGGAAGCUGACCAAUUACCACCCCACCGGCCCUACGACUGUGCAAUUGACCUCUUACCAGGGGCGACGCUGCCGACUGCGAAGCUGUAUUCCAUGUCUGAAGAUGAGAUGCAGGAACUCAGGGAGUUCAUAGAUCACAAUUUGAAGCGGGGAUUCAUCCGAGAAUCCAAGGCAGUGGGUGGCAGUCCUGUGUUUUUCGUGAAGAAGAAGGACACGCCCCAAAAAGGCUCAUUGUGGACUAUAGGGCCAUAAACUCGAUGACAAAGCCCAAGGCCUUCCCCAUGCCCAAAAUUGACGACCUGCUCGCGACGGUGAGGAAGGGGAGGGUCUUCACCAAGUUGGAUCUACGCGGAGCAUACAAUCUAAUACGCAUGAGGGAAGGUGACGAGUGGAAGACGGCCAUGUUCACGCCGCUGGGCACCUAUGAAUACAGAGUUAUGCCGUUUGGUCUCCAAAAUGGCUCCCACUGUUUCCAAGCAUUCAUGCACCACGUGCUAGCGGGACUCCUCUACAAGAAGUGCGUAUGCUUCCUCGACGACAUUCUGAUCUUCUCAGAAUCGCAGGAGACUCACGAGAGAGACGUAAAGGAGGUCCUGCAGAGGCUACGGGAGCACAGACUCUACGCCAAACUGGAGAAGUGCCAGUUCGACGUGACGGAGGUGGAUUUCCUGGGCUACCGGCUGUCCGACAAGGGACUAGCCAUGGACAGCGCCAAGGUCCGCGCGGUGUUGGACUGGAACAGCCCGCGCAAUCGGAAGGAGGUCCAGAGGUUAGUCGGCUUCGCCAACUUUUACCGCAAGUUCAUCAGGGGUUUCGCGAAAGAGACGGCAGCUAUCACGGACACCCUCAGUUCCAAGAAGAAAAAGUUCACCUGGACGGACCAGGCAGAGCAGUCCUUCAGGAGACUUAAGAGCCUCUUCGCGUCCGAAGAACAGCUGCUACACGUGAAUCCCGGCAGGCCCAUGCGGGUUGAGACUGACGCAUCUGACAGAGCAGUGGGGGCCGUCCUCUUGCAGGAAGAUCCGCAAGGGAACUGGAGGCCCUGCGCUUUCUAUUCCCAGAAGCUCAGCAAGUCGGAACAGAACUACACCAUCUGGGACAGGGAGUUGUUGGCCAUCCACGCGGCUUUCAAGGCGUGGCGGCACUUCCUCAUCGGAGCCAAGCACACCGUGCAAGUCCGCACGGACCACAAGAACCUAGAGUAUUGGCGCACGGCGAAGCUCCAGAGCCAGAGGCACAUACGAUGGGGGAGCCGCAGGGAGCUGAGCAUUUAGCAGCAGAAUUGCAGGAGAUCCACGAGGAGCUACGACGGCACUUGGAGCUAGCUAAACACGCCUACAAAGUGCAGGCAGACAGGCACAGGAGGGCAGGAGACGACAUCCAGGUGGGGGACUGGGUAUGGUUAGCAGCCCAGGCGGUGCCGGCCAAGUCGUUAGCUAAGAAGAAGCUAGGACACAAACAGCUAGGGCCAUACCAAGUUGAGGGCAGGAUCAAUCCCGUAGCUUUUCGGUUGACCCUCCCAGAAGGUUCCAGAAUGCACCCGGUCUUUCAUAGGUCGGUGCUUACACCCUACAAGGCCCCACACAGAUUUUCAGGAGCCAGGGACGGCACCAGACCCACGUAGAAAGUCACGGGGGGGGGAAGUCACCGAGGGCCCCGACACUCAACGAGGUCACGGAAAUUCUGGACUCGAGAUGGGGGGAGGAGGGAGUAGAAUACCUCCUCGCCAGAGAAGGUACCCCGGCCAGCGCCAACAGUUGGGUGCCAGAUUAUGCUCUGGAGGAACCUCUUCUUAAAGACGAGUUCCAUGCACUCUUCCCACACAGGCCCAUGCCAGCGGAGUAUUUUGACGACUGGCUGUUUACGCCCACACUUUCAGACAGCACCUUCCGGGGGUUCUCCUCCGCAGAGGAGACCACGCCAGAAUCAAGCCCUCCAAGGGGAUCGUGCUCGGGGGUGGACACGGACCGCUCUUAUUGGUGGGACGAUCAACCAGAAGAGGAGUGGCGCAGGAGGUGGCUAAGGGGGCCUUGGCAAGCAGCAUCGCCUGAAGUAACAGGGGGAGGGGAGGACUUGGAUGUGUUGGGGGACCCCGGUUUCGAGCACUCAUACACUGAACUGGAAGCAGAGGAGAUCGACGUCGACGGACUGUAUUCAGCAUCUACCCCCGCUACAACGGAGCUCCCGGAACCUGCGCCCGAGCAGCGGGAGGGGGGAAGGGGGGGCUUCGAGGGGGGGAUGGAUGUCAGGGGUUCAGGGACAGAGGCACAGGGUAGGCAGGAGAUGGAGAGCGAUGGGGAUGAAUCCCAGGACAGCGAGGAAGAGGAUGACAAUGACUCAAGAGAUUCCAUGAGUCUUUCCAGCGAAUCAGAGGAUUCCCAGAAGGGGGCGCCGGUGGUCAAGGCCAGGGAGCCCCAGGGGGACGUGUCAGGAGCAGGGGGCCAGCGGGGAUCCCAAAGUGGCAGCUGGGCGUCAGGACCAGCCUCCCGCCAGAGUGCAGCGAAGGGGGUGGAGGUUCCAGUGUAUCAGGGAAGCAGCUCCGGCAGCAGAGAAGGGAGGGAGGUCGGAGCAAGCCACCCUCCCGGAAAGGGAGGGGAGUAGUGAAGGGAGUAGUGUAACUGUCAAAAGGAAGGUUAGAGGUUGGGCGCGCGCGUCAAGUUCAAAUGUGGAGGCGCGCGGAAGUACAGGGAGCCCGGAGGAGGAGCCAGGUCCCAAAGCCCGCAGGAGGGGGGAAGAGCAAUCUGGGGAUUCCGCGUCAGGGGAAUCCAGGAGGGCGAAACCCCAGCGGGCAGGAAGACCCUGCGGAAAAGGAAAGAGAGGAAGAGGUGGAGCAGCGCAAGCCUCUUAAACUGGUGCAGGGGAGGGACUGACUCAGAGGGGACUUCAACGGUCUAAGCGUAACAGACGUGGGGCUGCGCGCCUCGGAUGUGAAGCAAACAAUGAACUCCAAUAAACACUUUUGUAUAUAAGAAGAAAUUGGCGUUGGUCUUUUGUGAGCUGAGACCUGAGGCAGCCCUGACAGUUUGAUAUUUAUAUUUACACAACAACAAAACACAGACCUCGUUUACAAGCAAGCAAGUGGCAGAAAUAGAAAUUCAAAUAUCCAAAACACUUCACUCCUCCUCAAAAGCCUGGUAUGUCUUCGCUGUGACCAAAAUGGCAUCAAUAUCAUGGUUGGAUGCACUUCAGAAGGUUCAUUCGGAAGGCAAAGGGGCCACUGAAGAGAGAGCCCAGUCAUGGACUCUCACCCAAGAAAUCUCAUUAGGCAUGAGGACCAUCAGCAGAGCUUCUCCUGCAGUUGUUAAAAGAGGCAAGUUGGUAUGGGAGGAGGCCUAGGUCAUUUAGGACCUUACACUGUAAUAUUGACAUGUUACAUUGGGCCCAGCUCCAGCUGUAUUUUUCUUUUUGUGAGAAAUGUUUUAAAUAACUUGUGCUUCUCUGUCACAAAAAUGAUUAAGCAAACUUAGAAUUAAUUUCUCUCUCACAUAGUUGGCGUGCUCAACAAGAGAGCUCUUUCCUUAUCUACUUCCCAAGUAUCAGGCUGGUUAUACUGUAAUUAUAUUGUAUUAAUUACUGUAAUUUUUAUAAGCAUUAACCAUCCCAAAGAAAAGCAGGGUUAAGGCACAGUACUGGUGGUGAAUUAAUAUUCAAGGGAGACUAACCUGGCUGGCACUCUAUAUAUUGGAAUUUCUAAGCAUUCCCCAUUUAUAGCAUAAGGUGAUGUUUGUUUAUUUAGUCACUGAAGUAGUUACAAUCUGCAUUUUUACAAAGUAAAGCAAGGUGGCAUAUAACAUACAAGAAUAUAAUAAAAAUCAGUAUAAAACAUCAGUAAAUAGUGGUCAUUUAAAAAUAAUAUAUACUGCAAAGUGUUGUUUAAAUAAUACAAUUUCCAGAAGACGACAAUUCCUCCUGAACCUCUGCUAGUAGGGAGUUUUCCUUAUUUGUUUUAUUUAUUAUAUUUAUAUACCCCCUUUAUAUUCCAAGGAUCUUGAGGUGGUGUACAUGGUUCUCUUCCUCCCCAUUUCAUCCUCACAAACAAUCCUGUGAGGUAGGUUAGGCUAAGAGAUGGUCACCCAGUGAGCUUCAUAGCUGAGGGGGGAUUCGAACCCUAGUCUCCCAGCUCAUAGUCCAGACUCUCCAAGUGUCCCUAUUUUUCAGGGUUGUCUCUGAUUUAGAGAAGCCGUCUCGGUUUUCUGAUUUGUUUUUUGGGGUUCUGUUUUUUUUGCCAAUAAUUUUUUAUUAUUUUUUCAUUAAACAUACAUUCAUUAUACAAAUAAAUCACAUACUUAUCUUUAGCUCUGCCGAGCAUCGGACUUCCCUCCACCCCUUCGGUUGUGGUGACCUCACCGCAACACAUGCUCUCUAGGAGGAGAACUUGAUUUCUCAAAAGGGACCUGAUUCUAUAAUACCAUACCCUCCAACAUUUCUCCAAUGAAAACAGGGACAUUCUAUGGAAAAGUGGGACAUUCCAGAAUCAAAUCAGAAACCGGGACAGCUUCUCUAAAUCAGGGAUGCCCCUGAAAAAUAGGGACACACUUGGAGGGUCUGUAAUACUUUCCAAGAAACUCCCACUGAUCAGAUAAGUGAAGAUCCUGAACUGAUGAUGACUUGAUGUUUUAUUUAGGCAAAGAGUUUGGGCAGCUAUGCCUAUGCCUACAAGAUCACCAAAACAGGCCUAUUUUGAAGCAGUUCAUCUAUGGAUGAUAAAAUGUUAGGGGGGAAUUCCUCCCCAGUCAAAUGCUAUGAGCAGCUCACCAACUUCCAUGGUUCAUCAUAACAAGAGCUGCUGCAGCAGUCUGAAAGUAAAAGGUGCCUGUUCUCUGACUGACAUAUUUUGCUUCAGCUGUCAGCACUGCAGGUUAUUUCUGUGCUAAAACUGAUAUGUCACGUGCAUAAUGUUGUCAGGCUGACUUAAGGUUUGCCCUGCUAGCCUAAUAGGUCCCUAGUAAUUAUAUUAAGUUGGAAGGAAGGAAGGAAAGAAAGAAAACUCACAGAAUACCACCAAGGAAAGUACAGUGGUACUUCCGUUACGAACGUAAUUUGUUCCGGAGGUCCAUUCUUAACCCGAAACCGUUCUUAACGUGAGGCGCGCUUUUGCUAAUGGGGCCUCCUGCUGCUGUCGCCGCGCGACUUCCACUCGCAUUCCGGGGCAAAGUUCACAACCAGGAGCAUCUACUUCCAGGUUAGCGGAGCUUGUUACCCGAAUGUUCGUAAGGAGGACGGUACAUAACGCAAGGUUCCACUGUAGUGUGAGAGUGUUUGGUCAAGAGGGCAGAUUUACUGUACCUGGAAUUACACACAGACACAGACACAGACACAGACACAGACACACAGUGUGUGUGUGUGUGUGUGUGUGUGUGUGUGUGUGUGUGUAAAAUAAAGUUUCAUAUCCUAAUAUAUUGUUUGAUUGCCAGUGGAGAGAUGCUCAGUAAAGGCCUUUGAAGAUACAGUUGGGCUGUAACCAUGUUGGUGGAUAAACGCUGCCUCCAGCUUUGCUUUUGUAAGCCCCGUUAGCUUUGCUUCCCUCUCUGCUUCACUCUGGCCCUAGCUUUUUCUAGUCAUCCAUUCCUUGACCCCCUUUCCCUUACUUGACAGUCUAGGGAUGGAGCAGAAAUUCGAUUCACUUUGCAUUUAAAGGUGAACAUCCCUAAUUAGCACUUUCACAAACCAGGCCAUUCUGUGACUCUGAAAGAAAUCAAAUCACAAUCUGGAAUGAGCAAAUCAAAGAGGGUGGACAGCUCCAACUUUUUGGAUAAAUAAAAUAAAAUCAUGCACUGCCUGACACUAAUUUUCUGCCAGAUUCUUUAACAACUGUAUUGGAAAGGUGGGGAGAGAUUAUUGAAAACAAGAUAGGCUUCUCUCUCCCAAGCUUCAAUGACAACUUGAGUUAAGCUCUCUCUGUAAUUGAUUCAAGCAGAGAGGUUCAAGCUGUAUGAGUAAGAAAAGAAAUGAAAGAGCUUUGUUAAAUAUAAUUUUAAAAUGAUUACAUGAAAAUGGCUAAUUCUGUAAAUUGCUGCUAAAUUGAAGGAAUAUGCAAAGGAACAUUGUAUGUACUGUUUACAUCUGCAGCUGAGCAUAUUAGAGUAGUCACUGUAUAAUUUCACAGCAGAGUUUAUAAUCAAAUUUUCCCAUAUCAGUCAUAUCCACAUAUAUUGUAUGAUCAUGCUCAUACUGCUGUGUUGAAACAGAUGUUUACGAUAAUGCUAUUAUUCUUGAAUACAUAGCUUCACCAUUGAUUGCACUUAGAAAGCUUGUCAAACUUCUAACAGAAUGCUUCUGUUGUGCUUAUUUUUCUGGGCUUAACACAUUUCCCAAUGGGAUGUGAGAAAAUGCUUACGAAUAAUGUGUAAUUUGUAGUGUGUGUGUAUAGAAAAGGUCUGCAGCUUGAUUACCCCCCACCCACACAAAUGUGGAUAAUGUGAUAAGGGAAAAGCUCCAACAUAAAAUGUUACCCAACAGCAGACAUGUUGAAGCACAUUGCGUGAGCAUUUUAUAUUGUUUUUAACAUGUGCUGUGACAUUUUGCUUGGUACCAUUGAUCACCACACCCCUUAUCAGGCAUGGCCAAACUUUGCCCUCCAGCUGUUUUGGGACUACAACUCCCAUCAUCCCUAGCUAACAGGACCAGUGGUCAGGGAUGAUGGGAACUGUAGUCCCAAAACAGCUGGAGGGCCGAGUUUGGUCAUGCCUGCCUUACUUUCAUUGAUGAGGAGCUCGUUGUUGGACUGCUGGUGGGAAAGGGCACAGCACACACACUUCUUAACCCACUGUUCUGUGCGAGUUUGGUAUAUUGGAAACUUGUGUCACAAACAUAAUUGGCCCAUGCAUAAAAAAAUACUUGCAUGCAUGCCCACAAUGGGCCUCAGCUUUCCAGAGGUGAGGGAGGGUGAUUGGAACCCAUACUUGGAUGGAAGCCAGUGUGGUGUAGUGGUUAAGAGCGGUAGACUCGUAAUCUGGGGAACCGAGUUCGCUUCUCCGCUCCUCCACAUGCAGCUACUGGGUGACCUUGGGCUAGUCACACUUCUUUGAAGUCUCUCAGCCCCACUCACCUCACAGAGUGUUUGUUGUGGGGGAGGAAGGGAAAGGAGAAUGUUAGUCGCUUUGAGACUCUUUUGGGUAGUGAUAAAGUGGGAUAUCAAAUAGUGCAAAUAUCUCCCAUCACCAACUGCCUGCUAAUAUGGAUGAGAAACACUGAGAUACAGUUCUUUCAAAAAUGCUCGUGCGUGGACAGAUGUGCACAGAAGUGCACAUGGAAAAAUGGGAUCUGUGCAACGAUGUGGGCACUAGCACUCUGGUGUGUACACAGCCUCUGUCCACUGUGGAGAUGGUGGCCCUGAUCAUCACCUGGCAGCAACACAAUUCUUCUUGCUUUCUUUGUUUACCUCUUGCUGCCUUUAUGUUGGCUCUUGCACGAAGAAUGCAAUGCUGCAUCUUAUGGCCAUUUGGCAGCUGGAGAUCUUCCCUGCCUUUGUCCACGGACAAGUGUAGACCUUUAUUCUGCCCACCCUUCCUUUUUAGCAUUUAAAUAGUUUCUCCAUCUCCAGUCCUUUCACAUUGCAUUUCACUGUCAUGCCACUUCAUUUCCCCAAGUACUUUCUUACUAAUUUCUCCCUGCUUCCUAAUGUUCUUUCUGGUAAGUACCAACUUGCUAAUUUCUUCCUUUAUGCCUUUUUAUAAAAAGGCUGAACUGGACGUUAUGAGAAAUAAGUGAUCUCUCACAAAUGUGGAUUCUUUGUUUUUGUUUUUAAAAAGGUGAUGGGGAUAUCACAAUUGGGAGGGUGGAGUUAACCCUCCCCAUGCUAUUCAACCUGGAAGAAUGCCUUUUAAGUACCAAAAAGCAGCUUUGGAGAGUGUUAUUUGUUAAGACUAGAGUCAGAAAAAAGGGCUAACCUUCACCUUCCCACUCAGUGAAAACAUCAACAGUGUAUAGGGUGGCUAUGAGAAAGGCAAAUUCCAUGUUAGGGAUCAUUAGGAAAGAGAUUAAAAACAAAACUGCCAAUAUCACAAGGCUUUUAUGAAAAUCUAUGAUCUGAACACACUUGGAAUACUGUGUACAGGUCUGCUCACUGGAUCUCAAGAAGGACAUUGUACAGGUGGACAAGAUUCAUCAAAGGGCUGGAACUGCUCUCCUACGAGGAAAGCUUGCAACAGUUGGAGCUUUUUAAUUUAGAAAGAAAAGUGAGCAAGGGAGGACAACAGAGGUGCAUUAAAUUAUGCAAGAUGUGAAGAAAGUAGAUUCAAAUACAUUUUUCUCCUUCCCUCAUAAUGAUAGAAUUCAGGGUCAUCCAAUGAGCUGAAUGUUGGAAGAUUCAGGCCAGGCAAAUCCUGCUGCAGUUCAUCUCCCGACUUCUUUGUUUAUUGUCUGCAGUUUUAUCUAAGGGUGUUUUUUCAAAAAAACAACAACUAAUAAUAAUAAAAAAAUCAUACUCUUUUGUUCUGUUUUUAAUAACAGAUUUCCUAGGAAGUAAUUGUGCUGCAUUUCAAAAGCUGUUGGAAGUGGCUGGUUACAAAUCAGAUAACAUGAGUAAACUAACGGUAAUGAGCUCAGCAACCAUUGUUCCUCUACAACAGGAAGACCCGAGAUUUCAUCCACUUAUAGCAGAUGGAUACAGUGGUCGGCUAUUACUCUGGAUAGUCAGUGCCUUCCUUCAUGCUUACGGAGGAGGGGAAAACAUACCGAUGUUGUGUGUACCCAUUGUGUAUACCAAGCGUACUCAUUAUGUUCUCACAAUGGGACAGAUAACAGAUUUGGAGGGGGUCGUUUUAAUUAAUCCCCUGCAAACACCGUCUCCCUCCAAACUCCUUUUACUGUAGUGCUCCAAGCAGCUUUGUGGCCCAGCAUCUGGCAGCUGCCUCUUAUGCAGGGAACCAUCCCCUGAUGUGCCACUGCCCUCCACUUCUGACCCGGCUGCCCACCUCCUCCUCCAUCACUCCGCACUCUGGAGUUUUCUCGCUAAAGUUGUCUCCAUGUGUUAAGACUGCACAGUUGUUUAGCAAAUUCUUAUGAACACAGUGGUUAGCUUAAGUCUGUAUUCUCUGAGCUCCUUUCUUCCCUAGGGAAAAAAAAAGUGAUGCAUUUUGUACUACUUUUUUGUCAGUUUAAUUUUAAUGUUGAUUUUUGCUGUUCGCUGCCAUGGUAUUUUUGCUUGAUGUUGUCAGUUGUAGAUUUGAUUUUUUUUUUUUUAAUUGCAAAUAAAAAAUAAAAUAAAAACUGCUCCUGCCCAGCAGCUGGACAACCUAGGUUCAGCCUGACUUGGUCUUCCAGUAGGGAAAGACUCCCUCAGCUCCAUCGCACCUUCCAAUCACCUCCAGAAAUAAUUUCAGCAUAAUCUUUCAAACUCCUUGAAAUUGCUACUUCAAAUAAUGCAAAUGGCAAUUCAGCCCUGAAUUUUCAUUCAACACUUUUGUAGCUUCAAGAAGCUUCCUUCUCUUCCCCUGCCCCUUUCCGCCCACUUUCUUUACAAGAUUUUGAUAAAAUGAAGUGCUGUCUGCUUGGUGUGAACAUAAAAGUUUCCUCCAUGCAUUUCAUGAAGGUUUUGCCACCGUGUCAGAUAUAAGUUUGUGACAUUCAUCAUCCCCUCCCAUUCAUCUCUCCUUUGUAAGCUCAACUAUCCUACUUUCUGAAGUCCCUCCAUGUACCACUGCCUUUGACAUCCUCUAAUCAUUUCCUCUGCCUAGUCUGUAUCUUUCCCAGUAAUAUUGCAGUCGGGAGGGGGGUGUGACAUCUGCGCACACAGUAUUUACAUAAGAGUUCUAUUUUCUAUAUUGGAGUUAGUGUAUAGUUCUACAGAAUGAGGCCCUUGAGAUGACAGAAUUCUGAAGUACAUCACUUGUGGGCUCAGGUGCAGUUGGCCUCGGGUCACUGGGGGAGGAGCAUCGGAAGCAAUAAGUGACAUGACAUCAUUUUGGGGGUUGAAAUGGCCACAACUCUAUGGAUUACAGAUGUAAGGUUUGGCUUAGGGGCACUGGGCAAGUAUCCGAGAUUAGCCAACUCAGUUGCUGGCUGAUAACUUCAUCAGGGUCAAUCCUGGUUAAGGAUCCCCAUAUUACCACAUCAAAUAUGGGCUACUGCUCCAGAGCCCCAGACAAAAUCCUUCCCCUUGCUUGGACCUCUUUACCAGGGAACCCUGCUAUUUCAUUCAGAGGAGAGGGGGUAAAGUUCCUCCCCACCCCAUUGUUGGGAUUCUAUUCCACCUUUUGCUGCAGACACGGGAUUGUUGUGUGUCACAUGUCUGUUUACAUUCCAGCACAGAUUGCUGGCAGAAGUGGAACUUCCGCUCUGUAUAGUUUUUGUUUUUAGCUCUCUCUCCAAGAAGACGGCAAGGAGAGACGACAUGUUUCUUUGUCCUGAUUUAUGUAAAAUAAAUGUGUAGUUUUAGUAUGUAUCUACAGCCUCAAGCCUCUUCUGUUGCGCAGUACACACUGCUGAGUAAAGUGUGCUCAAGUCUGUAAGCUUGGUUCACUGAUGUACGUUGGAGCAGAGGUCGAGGAAACCUUCGCAGCAGCAAGGCUGAGAGGGAGACGUUCCAGCGGGGCUGAGCCAACUGGCCUUUCGACCCCGAGAUGCUGACACCCACCCCCUGAUUAGCCUAAGGAUCCAACCCAAUGUCUUUUUCUGCCAACAAGGUGUGACGUAACCUUCAGUCUGGAAGGUGGCACAGCUGGCUUGCAUGUUUCGGAGGCAGACCUGAGAGAAGACAGGCUUACACAGGUUGGUCUUCAAAUUCCUGCCCCGCAGUCUGGCCUCUGAUUAGUCAGUUUAAAUCCCAAAAGUAGGGAAGCCCUGCCACCACCUGCAGCCAGCUGGGGCUGAUGAUGCCAGCCAGUACACAAGUGCAGAAAGGGAAAGGGUUGUGAUGUUGUCCAGUGAUGCUUAUUUUUGUGUCACACCAUGCCUGUUGGUGUAAAUGAAAGGAACUACAAUGCCCUGACUUCAACAGCAAAAAGGUCACAUCAGAAUGGG